UGUAAUAUUGGAAUAUCAUUAAUCCGUCCAACUGAUGAAAAUUCGUUUGUCUGAAAUAGGAGAUAUCUAUGCAAGCUUUAUUGAGUAAUUUGUAAAACGCAAAAGAUUGUUUAUUUGAGUUUAAUGAAACGAUCCUGAUUACUUAAUCGAUUAACAAGAAUAAAUAUGUAUAAUAAAAUAUUAUAUAACAAUAAGCAAGUAUAGUGAGUAAACACAGUAUUAGAUAUUGUAAAGAAUGUAUUUUUAUUUGAAAUAGGUUACUCGGUAAAUAGAGUAUAUUAUAGUUAAUCGGUUCACCAGUUGUACAGUUUGUAACAUUUGUUUCGAACAACCCCAACAGAUACGCAAGUUUCCCUCGAAGUUAGAUCGUUCUCCAACAGGGGGUUCGCAGGUGAGAAAACUUUCGUAGAGGUAUACAUUGUAGGAGAGAGAUUGGUAGGUAGAAAAGGAGUUCGAUUCUUCGAGAGUAAGAGAAAGGAUGAAGGAAUGGAGAAAGAAAGAAAGAGAAGAGGAAGGAAAGAAGGAGCAAAUGUAUAUAAGCGACUUACAUGGAAGACGCGCCAAUGGACUCUCUCUUUGACCUUACUGAAGCGUGCACCUUUCUUCCUGUUUUUUCUUCGUUCUCCAAUCUCCUUACUCUUCGAAGUUUUCUAUAAGAUCCUUCUAUUUGACGUCCUUGCUCUUCAAUCUUGAUCUUGCCGUGAGGAAGUUCAGUAACUCUUUCGCAUCGUGCACUUUCUGAUUAUGUGUUACCAAAAAUAAUAUAUCGAGUUUGCAUCUCGUUCUUCGUUGUAAUCUUCAAACAGUAUUUGCAGUGAUUUCAAUAAAUUCUUUUUUAUCGAAUCAAAAUGUGUGACCAUUGAAUUAAAAAGUUUCACCUUGUUUCUUGUGAUAUGUUCCUGACGAAAUGGACCUACAUAACAGUAUGCGAAACAUGAAUCUGCUUCGAGUUACGUUAACGCUAUCACUGCUCGUUUUUGCAUGCAGUACGUCAUCAUGCUUGAAAAAUGAUCCAAGUGAACCAUCCUUCGAUAAUGGUCCAAAUAUUAUUCGGCGCAGUAGAAGGGCCGGAUUAAAUGAAUAUUUAGUCCCACCUCCAAUACCGAAACCUUAUCCGGUGAGGUCUGGAAGAGUAGCAAAUCCUUCGGCAGCGGAAUCUCCAGGAUACUUUACACAAUUGAUGAGCUGGUUGAACCCUUUUAAUUAUGUCUCUUCAACUUCUACUCCUCUAAAGACAUCACACCUCGAACCACCGCCUCUUUAUUCACCACUAACUCAAUCUUACGGCCCUCCACCAUAUAAUUUGCAUCCUGCUUUGCAACCUGGACCGUCUCUUCAUCCUCCACUUGCACCUCAAAUUGAUCCAUCUUUGCACUCUUCUAUCGGUCCAUUUCCUCCUGUUCAACAUACCGGUCCACCUGUGGCAGCUCCUUCUAGUGGACAUCAGGAUGCAUCUUUUAAUCUUCCUGCUCGCCCAUCCUUACAAUUGUACAACCCUCCAACGAUCUUUCACGGUAUGCAACGCGCUUUCCCAACUGCGAAAGACAAUCGCGGUAGUUACGUAGCGGCGAAUAAAGGGAAACAUUGUAAUCCUUGUAACAAAGUUCCUUGGAUUCCGAUGCAAGAUAGCGGACUUCAUUCGGACAAGUAUCCGCUUCCUACGCAACUUUCAAACGGUUAUCUUCCUCCUAGCAAUCAAGGAAAUCACGACGUCCAAUACGCCGCUUCGCAUGAGAUCAGAAUACCAGAACUUUCUCAAAUACCUGUUGAACAAACACCUUUCAACAGCGCAUUACCGCACCCACUGUUGUACCAUGACACGAUACCUCCCCUUUACAAAGCAGAACCCUUUGUUCGGCCGUUUCAAAAUCCUCCUGCAAUCGAAAAUGUGGAACAUUUCAAAUCGCCAGCUUUGCCCGUGACACCGUUAACUGAUCAAGUACACAAAAGCCCUGAUGUUAAGGACGAGCGUUAUAAUAUUUAUGGUAACGACGAUCAAAGAUCCAUUGGAACAGAGAUUAAUCAAGGACAUGUAAGUGCCAUAUCUAAAAGCCACGAGAUCGAGAUCAACAAAGUGCCUGUAGACCACAAAGAAUCAUUUGAUAGUUCGAUUCUCGAUGCUCAGUCUCCGGGAUCGUCGAAUCUCGAAAAUCACGAAUUUCCUAGUCAAAGUGGUAACGAAUACCAUGAACUCUUUCAUCCAAAUCCAACUCCUAUCAGCGAUUUCAAUUACGUACCGCCGGAUCUGAAACCUUCGGCUAGCUUCGCAACUUCUACCUUUCACAAUCAAGAAAGCGAUAGUUUGAAUUAUCAAUAUUCCGGUGAUUUGUCGCCUAGCGGCAGUGUCGUUAAAGAUUCUCAUGUAACGACGCAACCGUCUCUUGCGAGUUCUUUCGUGUCGAAAGAAAGGCCGAUACAUUUUGAGGAAUCGCCGCUGCUAGAUCUGACGAAAAAAGACGAAAGUCGCAUCGAUAUACAAUGGCCAACUUCCACUAUUGGCUAUACCGAUAUCGACAAUGUAUCCGACAAUACAGCGAAGACAACUACGGAUUAUAAUUUAGAAACCGAAAAUGUAUUUUUCGACGAUUCAUCCGAUUCUGUCAAGUCGACUGAAUCGUAUUCUCUUCCGGAUAUUCAAAAUAUUAAUAGUGUUUUUGGACCUUCAACAAUCGCAACCGUGGAUUUCUCAAAUAGUAAUAUUAAUGAACACGUGGAGACGUCAACAGGUAGUAGAGAAUAUACAAAUCAACAAGACGUUUCGUAUAUUCCACCAUCCGGACAAGCAGGAUAUUUGUGGCCAAGUUUGCUAAUAAAUACACCAAACUUGAGAAAUCAUUCAUCGAAGAAUCACGGUUCCUUGAAUCAUCUUGCUCGAUGGAAUAAUUCUUUGUCAGGAAAUAAGAAUUCUGAAAAGCAAGACAGUAUAGAUACGAAGGAUACGCGAGAUACGCUUCAAAAGCCACAAAAUAUGAAGCGAAAUAAACAAGUACAAGUUAUUAUACCAUACACGUCGGAAUAUACACCGAUUCCGUUCCAACAAUCUUACGGAGAUUGGAGUAUCAAAACUAAUUUUGAACGUACGCAGCCAAGAAAAGUUCCUUCUCGAACCGGAUUGAACGCUGAUAAUUAUCUUCAACAAGAAUCUAAGAAUGAUAUUCGAGUAGUUAAUCAAUUUCAACCACAAUUUAAUGUCAAUAACUCAAAGAAAUCGAACGUGCAAUCGAUAAGACCAUCUUCAACUACUGUAGAAGAUUCAAAAAGCACUACAACAAGAGCAAACACUUCCAUCGAUGUGCGAAGGUUGCAAAAGAAUAUCGAUAACUGGACAAUACAAGAAUAUUCAAGACCUACAACGUCUAGUACAAUUUUACCUAGUUCCUUGCACCCUUAUCUCUCGCCAUCGAAGAAAAUUCCAACGGAGUACUUAACAACAACAGAACCAGCCGAUCGUACAAACGAGUCGAAAGAUCACAAUGAAAUUGUGAAAACUUAUUCUUUGGCUGGCUUCAGUUUCAACGAGAUAGAACAUGAAGGCUCUGCGAGUAAUCGUAUCGAGGAGACCCAAUCGGCCGUGAAGGUGCUACGAAUAGAUAAACCGAAAGUGACAAUUAACGACUUGCACAGCGUAGAUAAGCCCACGAUAGAAGAAAAGUCAACGUGGAAAUCAGACUCUGUAUCGAUCUCAUCUAUUAAUAAAGAACGAGUUUACGUGGUAACGCCACAACCGAUAUCACAAAUACCCUCGAAAAAUGACAUGGAAAAUCGUAAGGAGCAAGGCGAGACAGAACAACCGGAGCGAACAAGUGAAUCGACCGUCAGUGACAUAAGCAACAGCAAGAAUAAUUUCAGUGACUUCGAAGCGAUCGAAAAAGCCUAUCAAGUGCUUCCGCAAGCGGUAAAUAAUCUUGCUGUUGCAUCCACCGGGAAGGAAAACAUUCCUUUAUGGGGAAUUAUGGAACACGAAGAGUUUGCUUCUUUGAAUUUGAACGAAAAUGACGAAGAAGCAGCAGAAGAUAUCGUGGAUGGACCGAUACUUUAUUCUGGACACUCGAAGGUGUCACGAGCUAAACGAUGACAAGCAAGAAUUUGUUAAAUAUGGAGGCUGAAAAGCACAAUUUUUAAUUGUGAAUAGUUAACUGUUCGGUCGUUUUAAUCUUAAAGACUUUCUAUUACUUGAUUUGCGUGUAACAGGACACGAAUAAAAUUGUUUUAGCUUUUUAA